GUUUACAUUAAAUAUAAUCCCGCCAGAGUUCUUAUAUCAUAUGAGGUGUUGGAGGUAUUUACAUCCUAAUUAUUAAAAGAGCUGGUGACGAUGUGUGGUACUGGAUUGAAUAUUGGUGAUUUAGACGAAGGAACGGGCAGAACAAAAAUUAAGAACAAGGAUAAAGAUAAAAAAUUAAGAACCGAAAAAAAUCGUAAAAUUUUACCAGUUCGAUUACGGUUUCGGUUCCGGUUCACUAAAAAAAAAAAGUUCCAGAACGGUUUUUUGAUUCCGACUUCGAUUCUGUCCGCGAGUUCCUAGUUUAAAUAGUAAGAACUUAACUAUAGUUCGUUUAUUUGGAACUGAGCAUUAACUUGUUUAAGUGAUAGAGAUAAUCGAAAUUCUAACAUAUUACUUCUGCAUGUGCAAAAUUGUUGCACUAAAUACACCGUUUACCUUGGUAAAACUUUUGUUUUUAUUUAUUUAGGCGAAGUCAAAAAAAUCUUUAAUAUGCCGAAAACUAGUACAAUACCUGGUUUGGUUUAUCUGCCGGCGAGAGAUAAUCCGUCAAAAACCCCGAUGGGUUUUAUCGAUGCUAGAAGAAAAGUCGACGGCGCGGAAGGAUUAUGGAGGAUCGGAAACAAACUUUAUGAUUUGGAAACCUUCGUGAAAUCGCACCCAGGUGGAUCUGAAUGGCUUCGGAUCACGAAAGGAACCGAUAUCACUGAAUUGUUCGAGGCCCACCACAUUACCGACAAGGCUGAACGACUUUUGCCCAAAUUCUACGUUCGGGAAGCCACAACACCACGGUCGGUGCCUUUGACUUUCUUGCCAGACGGCUUCUAUCGUACAUUCAAGAGACGGGCGACCGAAGCUUUGAAGAAGGUUAAUUUUCAUAAAUCGUCUACAACGACGAAUCUCAUCACCGAUUCCUUAAUGACAGCGACUUUCACGUUAAGUCUCAUGGCUGCCUUCAUCCACUCCUAUGCUAUUCUGAUCCUUGCCGGCCUUUGUUUGACAUGGACGGCUAACGCGGCACACAAUUAUUUCCACAUGAGAGACAAUUUUCGUAUGUAUUACUUCGAUCUGAGUAUGCUAUCUUCGAAAAAUUUCCGCAUCACGCACGCAAUGAGCCACCACAUGUACCCCAACACCAUAUGGGAUUAUGAGAUGUACGUGGUCGAGCCGUUUGUACAAUGGAUGCCUCGAAAGGAUAAAUCCUACUUAAUGGGAGUGAUAAGCAAAAUUAUCAGUCCCAUCGUCUGGAUGUUAAUGUAUAUUGUGGAAGGCAUAAAACGAUACUAUUUAGUGUACAAGUAUGGGGUUUUCGAAUUUCGUGAUUUUAUGCCAUUCUUGCUACCUAUAUCGAUGAGUUUGGUAGCGCCCAAGAUUCUCAUUGCAUUGAAGUUAUGGUUGAUAAUGUUGCUGAUUAGUAGCACUUUAUUCGGCUUAAUCGGCUUCAACGCGGCCCAUCAUCAUCCUGAUAUCUUUCACGAUGGCGAUAUCUACAGAAAUGACAUGGACUGGGGUUUGCUCGAGUUGGACGCCGUGCGUGAUCGUGUGGAUAUCGACAAAUCAUUAUUCCUAAUUAUUACGAACUACGGCUCGCACACGUUGCACCAUCUGCUACCCACAGUGGACCAUCACUACUUGCCAUUAUGCGUGCCUGCUUUUCUGAAGACGUGCGAGGAAUUUAACGUCAGCUCGGAUAAGUGGACGCAAUGGAAGCUUCUAAAAGGACAAUUCAGACAGAUCAUGCGAACUGAAGUGAAGAAGAAUCACAGAUAAUGCUCAUCUUCAACGAAAUAACGUGCUCAAUCGCGGAUGUUGAAUUGUUAUGUGCAUUACGUAUAAUUUCUUACGUAUCAGUUUAUGAUGUAAGCAUAAGCGCUUCGGGCAAACAUGUUCCAUACAGCACAUUUUAUACAAGAGACAUCUUAGGUCCUUAAGACGUUCAGAGGAUAUACAGAUAUUCUUUGGACAUCUUUAGAAGGUCUGUGCUGUGUAGAAUGUAAACGAGAUAACUAAAGUAGUUAAAUUACAUGCAUAAUUCUAAAUAAGUUUUAUGAGUAGAAGUGAAACUCAAAUCUGGAUAUAAAAUAGAAAAAUAAAUUGACAAUGAUAAUUCUAUUUUAUUUUAAGAAACGAAAAAAUUUACGGGAAUAUCUCCACUUAAAAUACUUUAUCUA